GAUUUGUUUAUGUAUUUACAUCAGGAAGUGGAGCCGAGAUGGGUCGUGAGGAGCUGGUGGCCCGUCUCAACGACAGGGAGUAUAAAAACUGGCUGAAAGCGGGGCGAUGUCUGCUCAUACUGAAGGACGGACUCCAUCCCUUCAUCAACCAGCACAUGAGAGCUUUCCACGGAGACCUGCUCAAUCAGCACGCCCUGCUGCGGAAACCGUGUCAGACUUCUUCAUGCAAACCGAAAGGGAAUAAGCUUUCCUCUGUGUGUAGGCUUUGCAGUGAGUGGCAGAAAACGAUCCUGAGACACCACAGACAACCAGAUGCAACCGUGAACUGGGACAACUGUUACCCUCCUUCCUGGAGAACAGACCACUGGGAAGUGGCCAAGGCCUACAUGCCACGAGGUCAGGGGAAAGUGACGGGGGCAGAUCAGUGCGAUGCCUCUGCUCUGCUCAACCUCAUCAACUACUGUGACUGUUUCCAGUUUGGGGAUCCAAAAUUUGUGAGACAGGUGAUCCGAUACAGGAAUGAGUUAAUGCAUUCAUCUGAGCUGCAUGUGAAAGAUGAAUGGAUGAGACAUUAUCAGACCACGCUGAAACACUUUGUGCAGCAGUUCAGCCACGUACCACAGAUGGCAAAAGCUGGACAAGAGAUAGAAGAGAUACUGACUGUUGAUUUGUCAAUAUGUGUCUCUGGUAUGGACCGACUGGACUCCGUUAGCCCGGAUGGAUUACAGAGUGAUUCUGUCCUCCAAUGGGAGACCAGCCCCGACUUAAUCAGCCAAUGGGAAGCUGAGUUGCUACAAGAGAGGCUGCAGGAGUUACUGCACCCAGAUGAUGCUGAUGAUGAUGAUACAAAGACAAGGGACACUGAGCAGUUGAGGAGCCUGGGGGGUUUCCUGCAGGCCAACAGAGAUUUGGGCGAGAGGUUUUCUGCAGAGCUCCAAGCCAUCAACUCACUGGAGACCAGAUGAUAAGAAAGAGGUGAAAAGGAGAAAGAAGAGUACUUUGAACACUACCCUUUUUUUAACAGGUCCAAAUUCAAGUUAAAGAUCCAAUCAUUUGUAGACUGUAUGUUUAUAUAUGUAGUAUUUUAUGGAAAAUGUAAAUUAAAAAGUCUGACAGUC